CUGAAAGCCAACACAAUGCUCCUUCUCCAUUCCCAAAUCCUUCCCAUUUAACGAAAUCCCAUCCCCAUUUCCCACUUUGAUUCAGUCAUACAGUGAAACCCCAAAAUUCGGAGCUCCAUUGUUGUUAUACAAAUAUAAGGUCAAAACCCCCACCAAAACAAAUCGAGAAAUGUUACCCUCUCUCGUUCAAAGCAGCUUCCUUUCACCUUCAACAACCUUCUCCAAAAUCCACUCCAACUUAAACCCCCUAAAGCCCUCCCUUUUACUCCCCAAAGACCUUUUCCCCAUCUUCUCUAUCGUACCUUCCCACAGAACAUCACCGCUCUGUCUCUCGCCCGGGUAUGCUACUUCCAUUCGUGCUUCCAUGCUUGAGGCUCCCGUCCUCUGGGCCGGUCGCCUUUGCAUUUACUACGCUCUUUUGAAGUCUGGGUUAGCUGGAUCUCAGGCUAACCCACUUAUCUCAGGGAUGGAGGGUGGUGAAACUGUUGGGGAGAGUGCUGAUUUGGGUUUCUCUAAGUGGUUGGAGAAUAUACGAGGGAGACCAGACAAGGAGCAGCUGAUAAAAGAAAGUUGGUGAGCAAAUGGCAUCCAACCACAAAAGGGACACUUAAAAGAAACUACAGGGUCCCUUCCAAAUCUGAAGGCCGACGACUACUUAAAGCAGUUGCAUCCCUUCUCUC